GACACGCCUUCCCUUCCAACAGCUAUUCGAUUAAGAUUCUCGUGGAUAGGAAUCUGUUGAGGCCUAUCGCGAAGUCAAUACAUUUGAAUCCGAAAAUCGUUGUGAAAACAAGUUCGCGAUAGGUGCACUGGUUCGCCCUUCGAAAUGGUCUCAGAGUGGAGUCGCAUGUGGGCCAGCGCUUCAUUCGUGGGGGUGCUCAUCAUCAUCGGCCUGCCGCUCUGGUGGAAGACCACCGAGGUCUACAGGGUGUCACUACCGUACGACAAGAUGAGCAGUCUGUCUGCGCACGCGCACUCCGUACUGGAAGAGGUCACCGUCCUGGCGGCGGACGAGGCCACCGCGGCCGAGGUCGCCGGCAUGCUCGAGCAGAGCGCACAGCACGCGGACAUAAUCAACCUCCGCGUGCACAAGAAGCUGCUCCCGCCCGCCCUUCACCAAUCCCUGGGCGUGGUGGCAGACGACCAGGAGGCGCUGGAGGCGGUGCUGGAGGCGCUGGGCGGCGGCCCCGACCAGCUGCUGGUGGUGCAGCGCCCCGUGCUGAGGCAGCAUGUGUGGGUCGCCGAUGAGUCGGUCGUCUUCUUUAGGGAUGCUAAAGCCUCUCAAACCCUGUCCCGCGUGCUAACCUCCUGGAUCUACCAGCUCCCAGUCCUGCGCGACAGCGUGGCCGCGCGGGCUGCGCAGGCGCCGCGGCGCACCCGCUUCCCGCCCAGCGCCCGCUACCACAUAGUGCUGUCAGUCGUGCACCCGGACCCGGCGGGCGCGGACGUGCGGUUUGACGCUGGCGACGCGGUUGAAGAUUACAUCGGCACAUUUGUAGAUGAGCUGAGCGAGCUACACAACUUCACACUCAAGUCUCAGUGGAUCCAUCUACUCGACUUCAACUUCCAAGCCAAAGAGGUCGCCGACACUAGCGACUGGGGGCGGCACUUCGCCGUGCGUGAAGACAGGCUGCACCUGCUGCUGACCAAGCUGGAGGAACGGCUGGCCACCAGGGUGUCUCCGGAGCCAGCCAUCAACCUAGUGCUCUACCUGCAGCCAUGCCACACCGCGCCUCUCCGGAUAUACGACCAGAAUGACAAGCCCAUAGACUCGGCCAUCCAAGCGUUCAUGUCGCCCAAGUGGGGCGGCGUGGUGCUGGCCGCCCCCACCGCGGCGGACUGCCGGGGGCGGGGGCGGGCGUGGACGCCCCCGGUCAGGGCCGUCAUGGGCGCCUUCCUCGCUCAGCUGCGGCCGCUGCUGGGGAUUGUGGAGACUGAACCUAUAGAGGGCGCGUACCUCGAGCCCCUCCGCUCGGUGGUGCCGCGGCGCUGGGAGCGGCGCGCGCUGCUCCGGACUCGCGCCCUGGACCAGCUCACCUCCGCCGCGCUCACGCUGGAGUCGCUUGCGCAGCUGCUGGGUGAAAUAUCCAACAUAGUGAUAAACGACAAAGUGGGCGAGUCCAUCAGCUCGGCCGUGGAGGGCAUCGAGGUGGCCACGGAGCUGCUGCGGCGCGGUGAGCUGCGGGGCGCCUACGACGAGUCCCUUUCCGCGUGGCAGGAGGCCGAGGCCGCGUUUACUGAUCCUAGCCUGCUCGCGUUGCUGUAUUUCCCGGAUGAUCAGAAAUACGCCAUCUACAUCCCUCUGUUUCUGCCCAUCAUGUUCCCGGUGAUACUGUCUAUAAAGGCGCUGCUGCUGUGGUUCCGAGGGAAAUCCACCAAAGAGAAGACUGAAUAAUACCGCAUUUAACAGUAUUACAUUAUUUAACAGUAAUAUGUAAAAUUAUUUUAUAUUGUGUUGUGAAUAAAAUUUAACCCACCACUUUAAA